GUCAGCCCCGACGGAAGAGCGGAUGGAACUUGAGGCGCUCCUCCGGGCGCUCGCGGUCUGUGCCCUCCUGGCGAGUUCGUCCAGCAGAACAUUUCAGAUUGAUUACGACAAGGAUUGUUUCCUCAAGGAUGGCGAACUGUUCCGCUAUAUUUCUGGGAGUAUCCAUUACUCUCGUAUACCUCAAUACUAUUGGAAGGACCGGCUUUUGAAAAUGUAUAUGGCAGGACUGAAUGCCAUUCAAACUUAUGUACCAUGGAAUUAUCAUGAACCUACACCAGGACAUUAUAACUUUACUGGAGACAAAAGUUUGGAGCACUUUUUACAAUUGUGUAAUGAUACAGGAUUGUUUGUCAUCUUAAGAGCUGGACCCUAUAUCUGUGGAGAGUGGGACAUGGGUGGUCUUCCUGCCUGGCUGCUACAGAAAAAGUCAAUUGUUCUGAGGUCUUCAGAUCCAGAUUAUCUUGCAUCUGUUGAUAGAUGGAUGAGUGUUCUUCUGCCAAAAGUCAAACCGUUUCUGUAUCAAAAUAACGGACCAAUUAUUUCUGUGCAGGUGGAGAAUGAGUACGGGAGUUACUUUGCCUGUGACUACGACUACUUGCGCCAUCUUGUGAAACUAUUCCGGUAUUAUCUGGGAAACGAUGUUGUUUUGUUCACAACAGAUGGAGCAGGGAAAAGCUACCUCAAGUGUGGGACUCUCCAAGGGCUUUAUGCUACUAUAGACUUUGGACCAGGUGGCAACGUGACACAAUUAUUUACAGUCCAAAGGCAUGCUGAACCCCGAGGUCCUCUAGUAAACUCUGAGUUUUAUACAGGAUGGUUAGAUCACUGGGGUCAGAAACACUCCACCAUUAAUAAAGCAUUUGUUGCUAAAUCUCUGGAUGAAAUUCUUGCACUUGGAGCCAACGUCAAUCUAUACAUGUUUGAAGGUGGAACAAAUUUUGCCUAUUGGAAUGGAGCAAACUCUCCCUAUUUGCCACAGGUAACAAGUUAUGACUAUGAUGCUCCUCUGUCUGAAGCGGGAGACCCGACUGAUAAGUACUUUGCCAUCAGGGAGGUAAUACGAAAGUACAAAAAGGUACCAGCUGGCCCUGUCCUUCCAGCAACUCCUAAAUUUGCAUAUGGGACUGUACUUGUUAAAAAGUUACAGAGUGUUACUGAAUUGGUUGAAUUGCUGUCCUUUUCUGGCCCAGUCAAGUCCCAUUACCCAUUGACCUUUGUUGAAAUGCAGCAGUCUUUUGGCUUUAUGCUUUACCGAAAUGCACUGCCAAGAAACUGCAGUGAUCCCUGCCCCCUCUCCUCACCAUUGAAUGGAGUCCAUGACAGAGCAUAUGUGACGGUGGAUCAGGUUUUCCAAGGGAUACUGGAGAGAAAUAAAAUCAUCUCGAUUAACAUUACUGGCCGCGCCGGAGCACAGCUUGACCUAUUGGUGGAAAACACGGGCAGGAUUAAUCAUGGCAAAGACAUCAAUGAUGCUAAGGGUCUAGUAACAAACCUAACUCUGGCUUCUGAUAUUCUCACCGAUUGGACUAUCUUCUCCUUGAACAUUGAUGAAGUUGUGGCAACUGGCCAUUUAAACAAACUCCAGAGGCCUCAGAGUCCCAUGUAUACACCAGCUACUACAGUGCCUUCCUUUUACGUGGGCGCCUUUCAAAUUCCAAGUGGAAUCCCUUACAUGCCUCAAGACACGUAUCUCAAAUUUCAAGGAUGGUCCAAGGGUCAGGUGUGGAUCAAUGGGUUUAAUUUGGGUCGCUACUGGCCAACCAAAGGCCCACAAUUGACCUUGUACGUUCCUGCUCACAUUCUUACGACAUCUGUGCCGAACAACAUCACGGUGCUCGAGCUGGAAAGAGCACCUUGUGGAGAAGAGCUGAACACACCUUGUGCUGUGGAAUUUGUAGACACUCCAGUGCUGAAUAGCACAACUACUGACAGAAACAAACUAUUUCAAAAGGUUUCUUGGCUUGAUAAAUACCAAGGCAUUGGUUUUUAUUAAAAUGUUCUGUUUUCUAAUUAUAAAUUACCUUUGUGGGUCUAUGGUAUGAAUUGUGCAUGCUUAGGAAAUGGGAUUCUGCAAUUCUUUUGUUUGGUGGCAUAAGUAAGGGCACCUGUAAGUCCCUCUGCACUUUACAUCAGUUUACAGUUUCUUUACACGACUUGCAUAAUAAUGGGCUUAAUUUAUGAAACUCGCAAAUUGGAUGGAUGGCAUUAGUUGCAUCUUUAUGAAAUUCACAACGGGUAAGUUUCAAAUUGUAGGUUCCAAAUGUUGAGUCCUGUGGCUCAGUGGUUAGAGCACUCGCCUCACAA